GGGAGAGGGCGCGGGAGGCAGGCACACGGGGCCCGACCCCACUCCAGCGCUCGCCGGGGACGCGGGCAGGCGGCGAAGGGACGCGUCGGGGGCGCGGGGCGGGCGCGGCCAUGGAGCGGCGGCGGAGGCAGCACUAGCGACAGCGGGCGGACCAGCGAGCGGGCGGCAGGGCAGCUCUGCACGGCGGACCGAACUGCACAGCUCAGCAAAAGCGCCCUCGCCCUCCGCGCGCCGCCUCCUGCGAGCCCAAACGCGGCAACAUUUUUUAAAGCUCCAAUCCAGCCUUUGAAGAAAAGGGAAAAAAAAUAAUAGCAUUGAUCGGAGAGACGGGAAUAUACAUACAUAUAAUUUUUUUUUUUUUUGGUUUCUGCUAAAAUUAGCCAGCUCGCCGCGCGCCCGUGUGCAAGUGUGUGUGAGUGUGUGCGUGCGGGCGUGUGUGUGUGUGAAUGUGAUUACUCCAGGACUCCUCGGGCUCCGGAGACGCCAUUUUCCCCCUUGAUAUCUCUCUCCAUAAAUCGGUGGCGCGGCGGAGGCGGCCGCGCCGGGCGGGAAGCGCGGGGCCGGCCGGGGCGCCCGCCGCCGCCUCCGCGCGCCCGGGGGCCCCCGCGCCCCCUGAGCGAGGGCGGCACGCCCGCGGCUCGCCGUUUGACAGAUGCUCAUCGCCAUGGAGUUACCGCAGCAGCACCUUUGGGGGCUCGGGCGAGCGACCGGAGCUGGGAUCUGAGCGAGCGCCGGAGCCAGCGGAGCCGGAGCCGCCGGGACAUGGUUGCAGAUCUGAUCUCUUCUGAACACCUCGCCGUGUCGCCAUCCUUGGGACUCUGAACCCAGCAGCUGGACCACUUUGUCCUUGGAAUUUUGGGUGUCCUCUCUUCUCACCUUCCCUUUCCCCUUUUCCCUUCCCCCUCCUGAGAACUCCUGAAGACUGUAGGAUUGUCAUGGAGUCCAGGGAAAUCUUAAGCAGCUCCCGGCAAAGGGGGAGCGAGUCGGAUUUCCUGCCUGUCUCCUCCGCCAAGACCCCGACUGGUCCCGGCUGUGCAGGAGAACCUUUGCUCUCUGCUCCAGGAACUGGGAAGGGGAUCCCCGUGGCGGGAGAACGCAUGGAGCCAGAGGAAGAGGAUGAACUGGGCUCAGGGCGGGAUGUGGAUUCCAACUCCAAUGCAGACAGUGAGAAGUGGGUAGCAGGAGAUGGCCUGGAAGAACAGGAGUUUUCUAUCAAGGAGGCAAACUUCACGGAGGGGAGUCUGAAGCUGAAGAUUCAGACCACAAAGCGGGCUAAGAAACCGCCAAAGAAUCUGGAGAACUAUAUAUGCCCACCUGAGAUCAAGAUCACCAUCAAGCAGUCUGGGGACCAGAAGGUGUCUCGUGCUGGGAAAAAUAGCAAAGCCACGAAAGAGGAGGAAAGAAGCCACUCCAAAAAGAAGCUCCUCGCAGCCAGUGACCUUGCAGCCAGCGACCUCAAAGGAUUUCAGCCACAGGCUUACGAGCGGCCGCAGAAACACUCAGCUCUCCAUUAUGACCCAGGCCUCCCGCAAGACUUCACCGGUGACACCUUAAAACCAAAGCACCAGCAAAAAAGCAGCAGCCAGAACCACAUGGACUGGUCCACCAACUCUGACAGUGGACCUGCCACUCAGAAUUGCUUCAUCAGUCCAGAAUCUGGCAGAGAAACUGCAAGCACCAGCAAGAUCCCAGCUCUUGAGCCCGUGGCUUCCUUUGCAAAGGCCCAGGGUAAGAAAGGCAGUGCAGGGAGCACAUGGAGUCAGUUGUCCAACAGUAGCAAAGAUCUGCUUUUGGGAGGUGUGGUUCCAUCCCCAAGCAGCCACAGCUCACCAGCCCCUCCCAGUAGCUCUGCCGAGUGCAAUGGGCUUCAGCCCUUGGUGGAUCAAGAUGGGGGAGGAGCAAAGGAGCCCCCAGAACCACCUACUAUAAGCAGCAAGAAAAAGUCCAGUAAAAAAGAUGUGAUAAGUCAAACCAUACCAAACCCAGACCUGGACUGGGUCAAGAAUGCCCAGAAAGCAUUUGACAAUACCGAAGGGAAAAGGGAAGGCUACGCUGCAGAUCAUGCCCAAGAGGCAUCACCAGCCAGGCAGAAUGUGAGUUCCGUCAGUAAUCCUGAAAAUGACCCAAGUCAUGUCCGGAUUACUAUCCCUAUCAAGGCACCCUGUCUAGAUCCAACCAGCCAUAAAAGGAAAAAGAGACAGUCCAUCAAAGCAGUGGUAGAAAAGAUCUUGCCAGAGAAAGCCCUGGCUUCUGGAAUCACUAUGAGCAGUGAAGUAGUUAACAGGAUACUUUCCAAUCCUGAUGGAAAUAAGAAAGAUCCCCGUGUCCCGAAGUUGGGUAAAAUAAUAGAGAACGAGUCCCCCUCCAUUGGCCUUGAAACUGGUGGAAAUGCUGAGAAAGUUGUCCCAGGGGGUGUGUCCAAGCAGCGGAAGCCAACCAUGGUCAUGACGCCUCCAACGUGCACAGAUCACUCUCCAUCGAGAAAGCUGCCAGAUAUCCAGCAUCCAAAAUUUGCUGCAAAACGGAGGUGGACAUGCAGCAAACCCAAACCCACCAGUAUGCUUCGGGAGGCAGUCAUGGCCACCUCUGAUAAACUGAUGGUGGAGCCACCGUCUGCUUAUCCCAUCACUCCAUCCAGCCCUCUGUACACCAACACAGACAGUCUUACUGUGAUCACGCCGGUCAAAAAGAAGCGGGGACGACCAAAGAAGCAGCCUUUGCUCACGGUUGAGACAAUUCAUGAGGGGACUUCCACCAGUCCGGUCAGUCCCAUCAGCCGGGAGUUUCCUGGCACCAAGAAAAGAAAGAGACGACGCAGUUUAGCUAAGUUGGCCCAACUUGUGCCAGGAGAGGACAAACCCAUGAGCGAGAUGAAAUUUCACAAAAAAGUUGGAAAGCUUGGGGUGUUGGAUAAGAAGACCAUCAAAACUAUCAAUAAGAUGAAAACACUCAAGAGGAAAAAUAUCUUGAACCAGAUCUUGUCCUGCUCCAGCAACAUUGCUCUGAAGGCUAAGGCUCCCCCGGAGACCAGCCCUGGGGCAGCAGCUAUUGAGAGCAAACUGGGCAAGCAGAUUAACGUCAGCAAGAGGGGAACCAUCUACAUUGGCAAGAAGAGGGGCAGGAAGCCAAGAGCAGAGCUGCCACCCCCGUCCGAAGAACCCAAAACAGCCAUCAAGCACCCAAGGCCUGUUUCUAGCCAGCCGGAUGUUCCAGCCGUGCCUUCCAACUUUCAGUCACUUGUGGCGUCUUCACCAGCAACUAUGCACCCACUUUCAACACAGUUAGGUGGGUCAAAUGGCAACCUGAGCCCCGCCAGCACUGAAACCAGUUUUUCAGAGUUGAAAACUAUGCCAAAUCUCCAGCCCAUCAGUGCUCUUCCAACCAAAACCCAAAAGGGAAUACAUAGCGGAACCUGGAAGCUGUCUCCACCCAGGCUGAUGGCCAACUCACCUUCACACCUUUGUGAGAUUGGGUCACUCAAGGAGAUAACGCUGUCACCUGUGAGCGAGUCGCACAGUGAGGAGACGAUCCCAAGCGACAGUGGCAUUGGGACAGACAACAACAGCACGUCUGACCAAGCAGAGAAGAGUUCAGAAUCCCGACGGAGGUACUCUUUUGAUUUCUGCUCCCUGGACAACCCGGAGGCCAUCCCGUCCGACACCAGCACAAAGAACCGGCAUGGCCACCGGCAGAAGCAUCUCAUUGUGGACAACUUUCUGGCCCACGAAAGCCUCAAGAAGCCAAAGCACAAGAGAAAACGGAAAAGCCUGCAAAACCGUGAUGAUCUCCAGUUUCUGGCAGACCUGGAAGAGCUCAUCACCAAGUUCCAGGUGUUCAGGAUCUCCCACCGGAGUUAUACGUUUUACCAUGAGAAUCCAUAUCCCAGCAUUUUUCGGAUUAAUUUUGAUCACUAUUACCCGGUGCCAUAUAUCCAGUAUGACCCGUUGCUCUAUCUUCGUAGGACUUCAGACUUGAAGUCAAAGAAGAAGCGUGGUAGGCCUGCAAAAACCAAUGACACCAUGACAAAGGUGCCUUUUUUACAAGGGUUCAGCUACCCUAUUCCCAGUGGAAGUUACUAUGCACCCUAUGGAAUGCCUUACACAUCAAUGCCUAUGAUGAACCUUGGUUAUUACAGUCAGUACCCAGCUCCUUUGUACCUAUCGCACACGCUCGGAGCAGCUUCCCCAUUCAUGAGGCCAACAGUGCCGCCACCUCAGUUCCACACGAGCUCCCACAUGAAGAUGUCCGGUACAGCAAAGCAUAAAGCAAAGCAUGGAGUGCACCUCCAGGGACCUGUGGGCAUGGGCCUUGGUGACAUGCAGCCAUCCCUGAAUCCUCCCAAGGUCGGCAGUGCCAGUCUGUCCAGCGGUCGGCUCCACAAGAGGAAACACAAACACAAGCAUAAGCACAAGGAAGACCGGAUCCUGGGGACCCACGACAACCUGAGUGGUCUCUUUGCAGGCAAAGCCACAGGCUUCUCCAGCCACAUCCUGAGCGAGCGGCUAAGUAGCGCGGACAAAGAGCUCCCACUGUUGAGUGAGAAGAACAAGCAUAAGGAGAAGCAGAAGCACCAGCACAGUGAAGCCAGCCACAAAGCUUCUAAGAACAACUUUGAGGUGGACACCCUGUCUACGCUGUCCCUUUCUGAUGCCCAGCAUUGGACGCAGGCCAAGGACAAAGGUGACUUGAGCAGUGAGCCUGUGGACUCAUGCACAAAGAGGUACUCUGGCAGUGUUGGGGAUGGUAGCAGCACAAGACCAGAGAGCCUGGACGUGUUCAGUGACAUGAACCCUUCAAAUGACAAGUGGGACAGUGACUUGAGUGGGAGUAAAAGGAGGAGCUAUGAAGGCUUUGGGACAUACAGGGAAAAGGACAUCCAAGCCUUCAAGAUGAACCGCAAGGAGAGAAGUUCUUAUGACUCCUCCAUAUCUCCAGGUGUAAAAUAUACAAGUUGGGUGAGGAAAAGGGGAGCACCAUUGAAAAGCACAAAAGCAAAAUGCCGAGGAAGCCAGCCUGCGGCGAGGAGCCGGCCUGGGGAGGCGGGGGAUGCCGCUGGGAUGGCAAGUCCCCACUUAAAAGUGGACCAGACGGCAACGCAUAGUAAGAACGAGGGCUCGUCGUCCACCAUGAUGACCAGGAAGAAGCCAGCUGCGGUGGACAGUGUUGCAAUCCCACCCACCCCGGUGUUGUCUCUCCUUGCUGCAUCUGCAGCGACCUCGGACGCAGCCAGCUCCUCCCUGAAGAAACGAUUCAAGAGGCGGGAGAUCGAAGCCAUCCAGUGCGAGGUGCGGAAGAUGUGCAGCUACACCAAGAUUCUGUCCACCAAGAAGAACCUGGACCACGUGAACAAGAUACUGAAGGCCAAGCGGCUGCAGAGACAAUCAAAGACAGGCAACAACUUCGUCAAGAAGAGGAGAGGACGUCCCCGAAAGCAGCCCACCCAGUUCGAUGAGGACUCCAGAGACCAAAUGCCGGUGCUGGAAAAAUGCAUCGACCUGCCCAGCAAAAAGGGUCAGAAGCCCAGCCUGAGCCCGCUUGUGCUGGAGCCCGCCGCCACAAGCCAAGACACGAUCAUGGCCACCAUCGAAGCGGUCAUCCACAUGGCCCGGGAGGCGCCGCCCCUGCCCCCGCCGCCUCCGCCGCCCCUCCCUCCCCCGCCACCCCCGCCCCCACCGCCACCCCCACCUCUGCCCAAGACCCCCAGAGGAGGCGGGAAGAGGAAACACAAACCGCAGCCUCCCGCUCAGCCCCAGCUGCCGCCACCCCCGCAGCAGCCCCUUCCCCAGGAAGAGGAGGUCAAGGCCAAAAGGCAGAGGAAAUCCCGAGGGAGUGAGAGCGAUGUCCUUCCCUAGGGUGGGUCUGGGCAUCUGAACCUGGGGCUGGGGGAACUGAGGCAUUGGAAGUGCAGUGAGCAGGGAUGGGGGGAAUCCCCCGCUACAGGGACACCCUUGCCCUUCUCUCCAGAAGCUGGGCAGGCAGAAUCGGGCCACAGGAUGGGGUUGAGCCAUCGGUUCUUGGGAAAACAAAGCGAGGGGGGCGCUUUCACAAGAAGUUUGUGCUUUGCAGCAGUUCCCAACCGAGCGGCACUUCAGUAUGGCUAGAUCCUUGACAGGCGAGCCAGCAGAAGACCCAUCAAGGAGGAGAAAGCUGGUGGUGCUCUCCGACAGCCACCCGACCUCCUGCAUCCAAGGUGCGCCCUUGAUGCCAUUGCAUUUGCUGGCCAGGAAAAUUGAAAGGGAAACACCCUCGAUUAGGAAACAUUCCAAGGGCAGAAAAGCUGCAGAUUUCUCAACUGGCUUUGUUGUUACCCACUUCCAUUUAAUUGGUUUUUAUUUCUUUUGGUUUUUCAAGCUCGGCUAGGCUUUGGGCACCAACAUUGUCUUCAGAUGACCUGAAUCUUUACAUUGACAAUACAGUUGCUCUAUUGGACUCGUCAUCAGAAGGUGGAAUUCUAGUGAUAGGCAACCUUAGACUUGCUUUCAUAUUCUUCUCUAUGCCUCCUCUAUCACACAUACACUGAUACUUAGCAUCGUCUGUUCCUCCUUUCCCUUUGCCCAUUAUGUACUUCCAUAUACCUUUUCAUUAGCUUACUUGCUGCCUUCUUUUCCUUGGUACACACCUAAAUAAUGUAAACCUUACCUAUGUUGUAAUGUUCACCCUUGGCACGCUGUCCCAAGGAACUUGGCUUUGAAUCCCACUCAUUGUGAAACAGUAUUGAUAGAGCCUUUUUAAUAAGUGAUUUAGAGCAGCCGAAGAUAUGUUGACCCAGGUGUCAACCAGGUUAUUUUUAUACUUAAAACAUAUCAUCAGAGAAUAGGCAGAAUAAGAUGGUUUUAGUACCCCACAGCAAAUGGAAUAACUGGCAAAUCACCAAAAACUGAAACUCCAGACCCACCAGAAAGACAAAUGUUUAGCAAAGCCUUGGUUAUGUGAUUUUUUUUUUCAUACAAAUAACUAUCCUAGGUCAUGGAAAAAAGGAAACAAAAAAAAAAUAGUAGAAGUCCAUUAUCUCUUGAUAAUUAUUUCUUAAAAGCAAAUGGGAGUAAGUGUUCUUAUCUGAAAAAACAAUGAAAAUGCCCAAGGGUAUCACCACUCCAAUUGUAUCAAGCCACCUUGGACAAACUAUCCAAAUUGUGGUUGCCUUAAUAAACUAAAACAUUUUUUGUACAUAAUGUAAUUAUAAAUCUAUCAGUCUGCAUGAAUGCAAACUGUGUGUGACAAAUCGUCUUUUAAAUGGUCAAUUUCAACUGUACAUUUCUCAUCCAAGUUGUACUCUAGUCAUUGGUUUAGUGUGGACAGAUAUUCCAUCUCUAUUAUCCAUUUCCACAGCCCAAGUAAGACAUGUUAAGAAGACUCAGAAUGAGUAUGAAGUCAUUCCCUUACCGUAGAUGUUUUCUAAAAGUCAGAUGUGGAAAUUUCAAAUGAAUAUUUUCAAUUUCCUCCCUCCCUCCUCCCCUUCCCUUCCCCCAAGACAUCAAACACCUGGCAUGGUAGAUUAUAAAAAGAGAGACACUGAGAGACAGAACUAAAUUUUCUAUUGGGGAUUAGAAUAUCUGGUUUGCCUCUAAAUUAAGUUUCUUUGCAGGAAGUUGGGACUGGCUGGAAAUUGUAUUAUCACUUCAGAACAUAACAUUAUUUCCUUAGAGAGAGAGAGAUGGAUUUUUGUUGGGAACGUAAAAGAAUAAAAGAGGGGGUGUCUAUGGGAGUGAAUUUUAAAAUUCCAAGUUAAUACGCUGACAAACAUCACUUUUCUGUCAUGGUACCAACAGUUGGCUGAAAUUACCCACAGAGUCAUCUGUUCUGCACGGUCACCAUGGACUUCACACCAUUUGCUGCCCACUAGGUCAGUCACACUUAAUCCUAGCAAUAUGUACGUUUAAAGGAAUGCGUUCUCCUGUACCUUAAUGCUUGUAUUGUAGAUACUCAAUUUGUGACCCUGGUUGACCUUUGGCAUUUUACACAGGUUGAACAGCAAAAUAAAACCAGCCACUUUCAAUUUGUUAUUCCCUAGCUAUGUCUGAGUGGUUCCAAAGUCACCGGAGAGGAAGUUUCGAAUUAGCCCCACUCACCCCACCAUUGCUAUGAAAGAGCAACCGUUUUUAUUCCAAUUAAGCCAUAAACAGGUUUCUGUCCUGUUGGAUUUUGAAAAUCAUUUCCUUCAUUCUUUCUUCUGUCCUCCUGCUGGCUUUAUAAUGUUUCCCAACCAAGUCUGCAAGCAGGCUAAGUCUUUCUGCAGGGGAGAAUAAGCUGACACUCUAAGCUUCUUAAAGAAGGGCCAAAGCUUAAUUGGCAUUAACCUCUAGUAGGUGAGAAAUUUCAAAUACCUUUGGAAUUUUCAAACCAAUGAAAAGUAUUCCAGGAGAGAUACAGCCGAGUUGCAACUUAUACAUAAAUUCAGUUCUUCAGUUGUCGUGUGAGUUCCGUGCAAAUCCUCUACAUUUUUGACCCUUAGACUAGAUUGGAAAACUGCAGAGGACCCAAACUAAGUCAUGCUAUACAGCUGUUUGGAGGUCUAGUCACCUGCACAGCUGACUCUCUCCACCACCCAGAUUCCCCCUCAGUAUUACACAUUACUUUUUUUUCUUUGCUUUCCAUCAAUAUCUCAUCCGUACACCAUUCCCUUAUGUUCUAACUACCCCCUUCCCAUUUGCCUCGCCUUUUCUCUCCUGGCUCAACACUGGGACAGUCUAGAUUCAUGUCUUUUUGGUUGGUUGGAAAACCCAGGUCUCCUAAUCUGGAUUGUUGAGAUCUAUAGCCACCCAACACCACCUUCCGUGGCUGUAUUUAGAGAAGAUGUUGCUUGGGAUGCCCAGGACUCCAUCAACAGCUUCAUGAAAUAUUUAAUAAUAAGAGAAAUCCCUUAGUUUUCUUUUCUCUCUUUCUUUUCUGGAAAACUUGCCUUCAGCAAGCAGGAGUAAACCUACUUGUAAUAUAAAGAGUCUGAUUAGGGGUAAGCAAAGAGUGAAAUCAAGAGAUAAAAACCUCCUUGAAGGUGAUGAUGGGUCUCUGAUCCACCUUCCUAGGUGGCUGGGGAGCCACUUGGUUUUCAACCCCUUAUCUCAAAUGAAAGUAACAGAAAUUUAACUUCCUCUAAUGGCGUGGCUCUGGCUGCAACCCACGAAAGACAGGUCAAAGGAAAAGAGAGCAUGUCAGGGGCUGGUUUGCAACUUGGCAGGACCAGGACUCAACAGCCACUGACAGCCCAGAGUAGGUGACUCAAGGCUGACAAAGGAUUAGCAUGUUAACUUGGCUGCUGUCUGGAGUGGGAGGCCAUCUUUGAUGGCGAUCAGAAUUUGUGUUCUACACGUUGCUGGGUAUAUAAAUAUGAUAAGCAAGAGGUGACAGAAUUAUAGUAUAAGGUGAUGUACUACAUGCAGAUCAUAAAAGAUUUGGUUUUAGGACUUAAGGAGAAAAUUCCACUCUUACAGCUUAUUACCCAACAAUAUUCAGAUAAUGAGCUUUUGGAGAAUAUUUUUUUCCCUACCACUAGGAAGAUUUACCUGGGAACUGUCUAAAGUCUAUACAUAGAUUUCCAAAGCCUUUAAAUGCCAACUGUAGCAUGGAGAGAGAGGGGGUGGCAGAAGCCGAAAUGCCUCAAAAGCCAUUUAAGUGUUACAUUGCAGGAUUUUCAGUCCUCAUUAUGUAAAAGUAGAUAAAUAUAGACAUUAUUCUCAACACUACCCUGUAGUAUCACAAUGGUCCAAAUGCCAGAGCUUACAGAUAAUGUCAUCACAGUGCCUAGAAACUCGAACUGUAAUAUAUCGUAGCAUUUUCUUGGUGUUUUUUAAAGUUUCUUUCCACAAUGCAAGGCUCCCCCUGCCUCUUGUUUCUUGGAGAGUUUGCCCCACUGAUGAGCCUGCCUUCCUUGUUGGGCUCAGUCACUUGGGGAACAGUCUUAGAAGCACAUAUCAACCAAGGAAGAAACUUCCUGGAUCUCUAUUGGCCACUUGCCCAGGUAUAAUAAACACUAAAAGGGGGAAAUUGAAAAGAGCUGCCACUGGUCAACACAAAAGGGCAGUUCCAACCUAGGUUGGCGUCUUUCUUUUUCUUCCUUUUUUAAAAAAAAAUCUAUUUCUUAAAUAAUAAUAAAUGCACAUGAUGUGUUAAAUAUGUAUAUAUAUAUUUCAAAAGAAAAAAUGGGGCACAAGAUUGUCUUACAAGUCGUGCUGGCUAAUUUUUAGUUUGUAUUCAUAAGUGGUUUUUAAAAGCCUUUUUUAAAGUGUAAUUUGCAUGUUCUACUUUGAUUGUAUGUAAACAUAUUUUAGAACAAAAAAAUGUAUUUGUAUUUUAUUGAAUAUAGAGGCAAGAAAAAUUGUACAUUGUUUGAAAUGUUCUUUUUGUAACAGUUUUUAUUCAUAAAGCAUUUUUGUACAUUUAAAAUGAACAUGGACUUGCUGUUAUUUGAGGCGUAGCUACAUCUGGCAUGCUUUACUGUCAUGCUCCUCCAUGGUCUUAGAUGUUGGGUUUUAAACAUUUUUUUCUAAAAGAAAGCUCAGUCAUUUUCGCUACCAGAUCAGGUUAGCACAGUAUAGAGCACUUAACUAUUAAAAAAAAAAAGUUAAU